CCCAUUUGAUUAUUAAUUUUAUGGUCAUGGCCUCAAACAAACUUUUGUCUUUUGUAGAAUGUAGUUUGACUUACUGUUGAUGUGCAAUGGGUGACUUUUCCACUCACUUGAACCAAUGGCUGGACAGGGACCAGCCGACGCUGUUCGAGCUCGUAGCACAGCGAGACCUCUCAAACACAUUGAAACCUGCCUUUGAAUAUUUCCUGAAGGUGUUGGCAGUGCGUCGGCCAGACUCGCGCUGGGCCACGGCCUGGCGCUUGAACAAUGAGCUAUUUCUCCUGGUAGACCUGCUCUUGCAGAACUAUUACUUGAAGCACACCGGUGCUUCAUUCUCUGAGAAUUUUUAUUCCCUGCGACGGAGUCCCAGGCCACAUUCCCCCCCGUCUGCCAAACCGGACUGCUGCACAGCUGCUGCCAGCGCGUCGGCUGGACACAGCCAUUCAACGGGACGGCCACCGACCGCUCUCUGCCACUUUCAUUCCUACACGUCUCUGUUUAUCGUUACAUUCGUCCCGUAUUUGAAGCAGAAGCUUGAGGACCUGUACGAGGCACUAGACUCUGGACAGAUGACUGCUCAUGGACGAAACCAGUGGCGUAGGCGCUGUCUACAGUUGUUUCAGGCCGUCUAUCCUUAUUUCCAUUUCCUAUGGGAGGGCUGUUUCUUCUUGUUUCAGCUGGCAUACCUCCUGCGCAAGACAACUGCCUUCACUCCUCUGCUGUACUUGGCAGGUUUGGAGCUCCGGCGGGUCACUGCAGAGGAUGAGGAGUUGUUUGAUGCGAUCAAUGGUUCCGGCAAAUUGCUUGCUCCAUCUAACAGAUCGUUUCUCUGGAGAAUUCUCUCACUGCCAAGUCGUGCAGGUGGUCAUGUUGUGGCAAUGGCGGCAUCAGGUCUGCCCGUGUUGGCCUUCUUGCUGAAGUUCAUGGAAUGGUGGCAGAGUGACGAGGGCACUGCAUCGCGUCAAGCCGCUCGCUCCACUCUGCAGCUGCCCAUUCCACCUCCGCCCACGACUGCGACGAGUGCCGUGCACCCUCCUGCUCACCCGGUCCUGUGUCCAUUGUGUGGUCAAGUUCGGCGCAACAGCACAGCACUCUCAGUGUCGGGCUAUGUCUUCUGUUACACUUGCUUACACAACCACCUCAGCCGACAUGGGUACUGCCCGGUUACACACCUUCCGGCGUCGACUGAGCAGAUGGUUCGCAUAUUCGUACCCGAUGCAGGCUGAUACGUGGGGUUGUGUUUGUGGCAAACUAUUGGACCUCACCAUCAAUGACCGCGUUUGUGUGCUUGUCCAUUAUCUCCCACACCCUCAGUAAGGGAGUAGCGACGGGAGUGUUUUCCGUGUGGCGGAGGUGGUUGAAUACUACAGCUUUGGCCUGCAUCGUCCUCGUGAUCAGUUCUCAUUCCCACCAUGGCAGUCAGCAUACUGUAUUGUACAUGUCAUAAUUGGAUGUACAUGUACACUGUUGACCCACGUGUGGUGGAUCCAUGCUGUGGAUGCUUGGCCGCAGUGUGAUCUGUGCCAGUCACCGGGCGGCAAUGCAGUCAAUGGUGAGCUGGGGACGAUGACUUCAUCCACAUUGACAACAUGAGGAUAAGAUCGCCUAUUGCUGACAGAUGAUACUAGAUCACCAGCACAAGCACCAUCGUCGUUAAUAGCAGCAGCAACGAAAGCCCUGUGGCAGAGUGCUUUACUGGUCACGUUGAAUCAAAUGGCUGACAAGUUGCCCUGGAAACUCCAGUGGCCCUACCUACCACGCUACAGGACUAUAACGUACCGGACUAAUGCUGGGCAGUGGGUCAUGCAUUGAAACCCCCCCCCCCCCCCCCCGGGAAGAAGCGGCCACCUGCGUACCGAUCCUGAACCCUGUGUUGGCUGUUGCACGGGCAGCAUCCAUGAUGUGUCUAAUUGCACUGCCAUGUACACUGCUGUGCUGGCGUGUGGAUGCCGGGGUGCUGAGCAUUGCAUCCGUGCCGUGGCUAGUAGCAGGGUGCUGAGCAUUGCAUCCGUACCGUGGCUAGUAGCACUACAAUGUACACGUAUCACCUGCGUUGUUGGUUAUGUGUUGCUGCUGUGGAUGCCGAAUGCUGGCUAUUGCAUCCGUUUCGUGGCUAGUGACAUCGUUAGCACUACAGUGUACACGCGUCACCUGCGUUGUGGUGUGUUACUGCUGUGGGUGCCAAGUGCUGGCUAACUGCAUUCGUGCCGUGGCUAGUAAUACUACGCACAUCACCUGCUAUGUGUUUGACACUGCUGUGCUGGCACUUGGGUGCAGUGUGCUGAUUCUAAUGCUCGCUGGUCGUGGCUGUAAGUUUUCACAUGCAACAUCUUUACUUUCUCUUCCCGUUCAAACUUGACGCCAGAGGAUUGUGAAGAGGGGUGCCAGAGGAUUGUGAAGGGGGGGGGGGGGGUGCCUUUGCUAGGACGGUCUGCAGCAGUCACCUGUUGUGGCUACGUGUGCAGUACGGUAUCUCGGCUGACAUCGUAAACUUUUGUUUUGCACACUCUGUCCUUACAGUUGCAUCAUGUAUAUGCUGAGAAUCAGGGACUUGCAAUUUAUCACUGCUGAUUUCUAUUUUUACUGCGAGUGCGUUUUAUGUUGGCAUCUUUCAUAUCGUUAUCGUCCGUUGCUACAAAUACCGGUAUUAAUUUAAAGGUAGAAAUUGAAGGUAGAGCAAGGUUCAUUGUGACUCAAGUAUUAGUUUCACUUUUACGCGAUCAGCAGGCAAGAUUAUUCUUAUUUUACUCCUUGUCAGUUUUGUGCUAGAUUGUGCACGUCUGACUGUUCAAAAUCUGGUUUGGUUGGUGGACUCGAUCGCAUGACUUGUGCCCACAAUUUCCAUGUUACAAACUAUGUUUUUUUACUAUGUUUUAGCAACUUUUUUUUACCUAAAACCAA